GCGCUGGUGCUGCUGGCGGCGGCGCUGAGCGGCCCCGGGGCCGGUGCGCGGAGCUGCCCCGCGCUCAGCCUGGGCUGCAAGUGCGCGGCCGAGCGGGCCAAGGCGGGCGGCGGCCCCGGAGCGCCCCGGAGGAGGGUGGUCUGCAGCGGCGGGGGGCUCCCCGUUCCGCCCGAGCCGCGCCUGCUGCCCGAGGGCACCGUCACGCUGCUGCUGAGCAACAACAAGAUCACGGUGCUGGAGAACAGUUCAUUCUUGGGGCUGCGCGCUCUGGAGAAGCUGGACCUGAAGAACAACCUGAUCAGCACAGUCCAGCCCGGUGCCUUCCUCGGCCUCCCCGAGCUGAAGCGGCUGGACCUCUCCAACAACCGCAUCGGCUGCCUGAGUGCCAGCGUCUUCCAGGGGCUCCCCAACCUCCUCCGACUCGAGCUCAUCCUCUCCAACAUCCACGUCUCUGCCAACGGCGAGUGGGAAUGCGCCGUCUCCACCUCGCAGGGCAACGUCAGCAAGAAGGUGGAGAUCGUGGUGCUGGAGACCUCGGCAUCCUACUGCCCSGCCGAGCGGGUCACCAACAACCGCGGGGACUUCAGGUGGCCCCGCACCCUGGCGGGGAUCACGGCCUUCCAGCCCUGCCUGCAGCACCCGUUCGCCGCGGGGCCGGCGGGYGCGGGCUCGGCCGGGGAGAAGCAGGCGUGGCGGCGCUGCGAUCGGGCCGGGCGAUGGGAGGACGGCGAUUACUCGCACUGCCUCUACACCAACGACAUCACCCGCGUGCUCUACACCUUCGUGCUGAUGCCCAUCAACGCCUCCAAUGCCCUGACCCUGGCUCACCAGCUCCGCGUCUACACGGCCGAGGCAGCCAACUUCUCGGACAUGGUGGAUGUCCUCUAUGUGGCCCAGAUGAUAGAGAAGUUUAUUGGAUAUGUGGACCAGAUCAAGCAGCUGACAGAUGUGAUCGUGGAGAUGGCCAGCAACAUCAUGCUGGUGGACGACCACAUCCUGUGGAUGUCUCAGAAGGAGGAGAAGGCGUGCACCAGCAUCGUGCGCUCCCUGGAGAGGAUCGCGGCCCGCACGCUGGGCAGCAACUCCCAGCACAUGGCAGUGACCUCUCGCAACAUCGCCUUCGAGGCGUUCGUGGUGAAGCCCGAGAGCUACGUGGGGCUGAGCUGUGUGGCGUUCCAGCGGCGGGACAGGGGACCCCCGGGCCGUCCCCCUCCGGCCGAGCGAGGGGCUGAGCCCACCCCCGACCAGCAGCUCCGGCUGCGCUGCACCACGGGCCGGCCAAACGUCUCCCUGAGCAGCUUCCACAUGAAGAACAGCAUCGCCCUGGCCUCCAUCCAGCUGCCCCCCAGCCUGUUCGCCAGCCCCGCCCCAGCCGCGCCGGGGGCUCACUGCAAGCUCCAGCUGCUGGUCUUCCGMAACGGGAAACUCUUCUGCAGCACCGGCAACUCCUCCCAGCUGGCCGACGACGGCAAACGCCGCAGUGUGGCCACCCCGGUCAUCUACGCCGGGACCUAUGGCUGCGGAGUGGGCAACCUGUCAGAGCCGGUGGCCGUGUCCCUGCGCCACCCCGGGGAGGGCACGGACCCCGUGGCUGCGUACUGGAACUUCGAGGUGCUGGGGGGCAUGGGAGGCUGGAGCGCUGAGGGGUGCCAGCUGGCCGAACGCGAGCCMAACGUCACCUCCCUGCACUGCCGGCACCUCAGCAACGUGGCCGUGCUUAUGGAGCUCAGCGGGUUCUCCAGCGAGGUUCCAGGCGCUGUGGAGGUGCUGCACCCCGCCAUGUACACCUGCACGGCCGUGCUGCUGCUCUGCCUCUUCAGCACCAUCAUCACCUACAUCGUCCACCACGGCACCAUCCUCAUCCCGCGGAAGGGCUGGCACAUGCUGCUUAACCUCUGCUUCCACAUGGCCAUGACCGCUGCCGUCUUCGCGGGAGGAAUCACCCUCACCGGCUACYGGGCCGUGUGCCAGGCCGUCGGCAUCAUCUUGCACUACUCGUCCCUGUCCACGCUGCUCUGGAUGGCGGUGAAAGCCCGAGUGCUCUACAAGGAGCUGACCUGGAAGGCGCCGCGGCAGCCGGAYGGGGACACGUCCCAGGCAGCCCCCAGACCCAUGCUGCGGUUCUACCUGAUCGCCGGCGGGAUCCCCCUCAUCAUCUGUGGGAUCACAGCAGCCGUCAACAUCCAAAACUACCACGACAACAACCCCUAUUGCUGGCUGGUGUGGCGGCCCAGCCUGGGCGCUUUCUACGUCCCCGUGGCUUUCAUCCUGCUCGUCACUUGGAUUUAUUUCCUCUGUGCCGGGCUCAGCCUCCAGUGCCGACCCUCACACCCGAAAGAUGCUCCGGAGCCGCUGGAGCCGCCGCCACGGCUGGGGGGGACCGGUGACCUCCUGACAGACUCGGGCUCCAUUUCGGUGACACUCAACUCGGGGCCACCCUGCCCYGAGGGUGACGGUGUCCACUCUCUGCGGGUGCAGUUCUGGGCGCUGGUGGCCACCCAUUCCCUGUACGUGGCCCUGUGGACAUUCGGCGCCAUGGCCGUGUCCCAGCAYUGGUACCUGAACAUCGUUUUCAGCUGCCUCUACGGCGUCACGGCCGUGGCGCUGGGACUCUUCACCUUUGUCCAUCACUGCCUGCGGCGCCGGGACGUGCUCAGCUCGUGGUUCUCGUGCUGCCCGUCGUACCGGAACGCGCUGCCCAUGCAGGCCUACGUGCACCCGGGGCUGGGGCCGGAGAACGGCUCGCAGGUCUUCAUCGGCUGCGAGCCAGAGGCCGCUCGCUCCGGCGCCUCCUCCUCAUCCUCGCCCGGCAGCGCCGGCUCUGCCGCGGGCCGCUGCAAGCUCACCAACCUGCAGGUAGCCCAGAGCCAGGGGGAUGCUCGCCCAGCGCCCUGCCCGGAGCCGGACCCCGCCGACGGGAAGCCCCUCAAACACAGCAGCAACCUCCACGGCCGCCGGAGCUACCGGGGCAGAACUAAGGCGUGCCGGGACGGGAAACACCACCGCUUGAAGAUGCUGCGGGGGCCGUCGGAUCACCCUUCGAGCGAGAGCGGCAGCAUCCACAACAGCCACUCGGAGAGUUACACCAGCGGCAGGACCAGCCCGGCCAGCGGCGGCCGCACGGGGCAGCGGGUGGCCCAGGAUGGGGARGCGCUCGCCAGCCCCUCGGAGGGCAGCGACGGCGGCCGCAGAGUGGCCGAAGUGGCCGAGGCUCGCCGGAGGAGCGGCAGCCGGGACAACCUGCGGCCGGGCGGCAGCGCCGACAGAGAAGCCAAGCGCCGCUCUUACCCCCUCAACGUGGGCAGCCACAACGGCGGCAUCAAGGGCAGCAAGUACGACAUCAACCUGGCCGGAGCCGACAGCACGGGCGGCAUGAAAACCGGCCUGUGGAAAAGCGAAACCACCGUGUGAGGGUGGCCAAGGACCGACGGCAGCGGCGUUUUCCUGCGGGAGCCGCUCGGGACCGGAGCCGCUCGGGGUUGGAGCCGCUCGGGGCCGGAGCCGCUCGGGGUUGGAGCCGCUCGGGGCUGGAGCCGCUCGGGGUUGGAGCCGCUCGGGGCUGGAGCCGCUCGGGGUUGGAACCGCUCGGGGUUGGAGCCGCUCGGGGUUUGAGCCGCUCGGGGCAUUGAGGUGUGCACUAGCAGGGAUGGGUGGCACAGCCCGGGUUGCGGUUCCCCCGGGGCACAAACGCCAUCCCGGGCCCGUCCAUCUCCCCGAGGAGGCUCCGAUCUUCCCGGGGGCUCCAGGCAAUCCUUGCCCAUCAAUUGCAGCCGUGCUUAAAUCACUCCUGCAUGUCACUUGAGAUUGAUCCUAAAUGCUAUUUUAUAUUAUACAGAGGAAAUGUCUAUUUUUCAAAGCUAUAUUAUUGAAUGUAUAUAUGUAUAGACAGAGCCGUGAGUGACGCGAGGGCCCCGCUCUCACCCCUGUCCCCUGGGAGUGGGCACUGGGCCAGGACCCACUCGUGCCACGACUGCAAUAUUCCCGCUGAGGGACCAUCCAAGUGCUCUUUAUGUCCAGGCACCGCAGCCCCAGCCYGAGCAAACGCUUCUGGAGAGCAGCUGCUCCCUCUGGAGUGUUUUUAAGCCCUGUCAGCCCUGGGGGUGUGCGGUGCCAAAGCCAUAUUGCAAAGCCAAGCACAAGGUAAGAGGAGCCUCAGCUCCAAGGUGAGGCGAUUGUCUGCACUGCUUUAAUGCCAGACACUAAAACAAUGGUCAGAAAAGGCUCCAGAUAUCAAACACAACCAGAAAAUGCUCCCAGGCCCUCAGAGGCUCAAGCUGUGCCAUGGGUGGGCUGGCAGAGCUGGGCUGCUGCUGGAGCCGGGACUGACCCUCCGUGCCAAAGCACCAAAGAACCCAGACUGGGACAGACCCAGAGCAGCUCUGCGCCUUAAUCCAGGGGUUUGAGCUCAGAAAGUGCCACCGUUUGCUCUUGAGAAGGCAGAGGGACCAUCUCUGGGAAUGCAGGAGGAUGAUGCCGAGGGAUUCGGGACCUUCCUCCGACAUUCCCGUGUGCAGUCAAAGGGCUGGAACCCGGCCAAGCACUUAUUGUUCCCACAGAAAUACAAGGGUCCCCUUUUCCCCAGCACACAGGUAAAGCAGCCAGGCCCAGAGAGGCUGCAGCAAAGUGGAGGAGGAAGGUGGGAGCCUGGUGGGAGCCUCCCCUGCCCUUUCCAGCCUCCCCUGCCUCAGUUUCCCCCCUGUGCAAAUGAGUUUUGACAUAGCUACCUCCGAGGGGUGGUGGGACUGGCAGGGCUGUGAGCCAGGGGAGGAAAAAGCACUUAGUGGGGAUUGGUUUUACCUGGGAGCCCUUCAUCCCACAGGGCUGGAGCACCCCUGGGCUCAACCUGCCACUCCCAGCCCACCCCAGCUUCUCUGCCCAAUUUAAACCCUUCAAUAUUCAUUGUAGCUGGUAUUUAACACAAUUUAAACCCUUUCUGUGGCUCCUGCAGCCUCCCUGGCCUGGCUGAUGCCCUGUGGUUCUGUUGCUUGCUGCAUUGUSACAGUAUUAGAGAAAAAAGCUUUGUACUCUUCAUUACACUUUGUUUUGUCUGUUUACAAGCGAAUGACAUAUCAACAGAGCUUCCUGCAAUAUCCGGGGGGAGGGAAGGGAAAUAUGCCAAAGAAAUGUUCUUUAAAGGGGUCUUUUUGCAUUUUUAUAUGAAUGGAAUGUUUCUAGCAGAUAAUGUUUUGUUUAAUAUAUUAAAGAUAU